GGAAGCGCUUGUCAUUAGACCACCUGAAUUCGACGUGAUGGGUUUUAAAGUUAUUCGUUGAAUAAGUACUGGUCGUAUAGUGUGUCUUUGGAAGUAUACACGUUUAAAAUGGUUUACAAGCGCUUUUGAGGCAGCUUUAAUAUUUAGCCUAGCAUGUGUGAGUCAGUGGGGUACUGCAAAGUGGUAUAAAAAGUAGGUUUCAUUGUAGUUAAUUAAAGUUUUAUUUGUUUUACGAGUAGGAUUUUGCUUCCGCAUUCCCGACAUGGAGUCAUUUGGAUGCAUUAGUAGCAUUCUUGGAUGCUCUGCUUGCAUUGCAGUAGGUGGACUUGUGCUUGCUGCCUACAAACUCGGUGUAAUUUACCAGCUGUUUCACAAGACGGAGACAAAGAGCCCCAGGCAUGGAGGAGAAAGUGUGGCAGAGGUCCUUCGGGCACAUGGAGUCAAGUUUCUUUUCACCCUUGUGGGUGGACACAUCUCACCCAUCCUCGUGGCUUGUGAGAAGGUCGGCAUCCGGAUUGUGGACACCAGACAUGAGGCCACUGCUGUCUUUGCUGCUGAUGCCGUGGCGAGGCUCUCGGGUACUGUAGGUGUAGCAGCAGUAACCGCUGGUCCAGGUCUGACAAACACAGUGACGGCUGUGAAGAAUGCUCAGAUGGCAGAAUCUCCUCUGCUACUUUUAGGAGGAGCUGCUGGUACACUACUCCAGGGCAGAGGAGCUCUACAGGAUAUUGACCAGAUGUCUCUCUUUAAGCCACUGUGUAAGUUCUGUGCCUCCAUCCGGACUGUCCGGGAGAUCGUACCGACGCUUAGGAAGGCUCUUGCGAUUGCUCAGUCGGGAACACCGGGUCCUGUUUUCAUAGAGUUCCCUAUCGACACGCUGUACCCGUACCACCUGGUGGCUAAAGAAUUUGCUGUGAAGAACCCGCCUAAAGGCCUCAUGGGAAAAGUAGUUUCAUGGUACCUCAACAACCAUCUCAUGAACCUUUUCGCCGGAGCCUGGGAGACCAGAGAUGUCUCUCCACUUCCUGUCCACAUCCCUCAAGCCACAGACGGUCAGGUACAAAGGUGUGUAGAGCUGGUGAGUCGAGCUAAGAACCCAGUGAUUCUUCUGGGGAGUCAAGCCACACUCCCGCCAACACCAGUGGAGGACAUCAGAAAGGCUUUGGAGGAUCUGGGUAUCCCCUGCUUCCUAGGGGGCAUGUCUCGUGGCUUGCUGGGUAAAGACAGCCCCAUCCACAUUAGACAGAACAGACGAGACGCUCUAAAGGAGGCCGACUUGGUUCUCUUAGCAGGCACCGUGUGUGACUUCCGCCUGAGCUACGGCAGAGUUCUCAGCAGACGCAGCAAGAUCAUCGCAGUCAACAGAGACAAGUCACAGCUGCUGAAAAACUCUGAUAUGUUCUGGAGACCCACUGUAGCAAUUCAGGGUGAUGCCGGAUCCUUUUUAGUGCGGCUUUCAAAGGGACUGAAGGGCCACCGUUGUCCAGAGGAAUGGCCCCAAACCCUUAAAGCUGGAGAUCUGACCAAAGAAAAUGCUAACAGGGCUAAAGCUGAUGAGAAGACCGAGCAGCACUUAAAUCCCUUGAAGGUGCUGCACCGUGUGGAUGAGUUGAUGGCUGAGGACAGCAUCAUCGUUGCAGACGGAGGAGAUUUUGUAGGCAGUGCUGCUUACAUAAUGAGACCAAGAGGACCUUUGCGUUGGCUUGAUCCAGGAGCCUUUGGGACUCUGGGAGUUGGAGGAGGUUUUGCUUUGGGUGCAAAACUGUGCCGUCCUGAAUCUGAGGUCUGGAUUGUUUAUGGCGACGGCUCCUUGGCAUAUAGUGUUGCAGAGUUCGACACUUUUACUCGGCACAAGACACCGGUGAUAGCUGUGGUGGGAAAUGAUGCAUGUUGGAGUCAGAUAUCCAGGGAGCAGGUUCCCAUCCUGGGUAGUAACGUGGGGUGUGGCCUCUCGUUUACAGAUUAUCACAUAGUGGCUGACGGUUACGGUGGUAAGGGCUACCUUGUAGGACGGGAACACGGAGAUCAGCUAAGUGACAUCAUUCGAAAAGCUCAGAAGGUGACAAAGGAGGGAAAGGCUGCGCUACUAAAUGUUCUGAUUGGGAAGACCAACUUCAGAGAGGGCUCCAUCUCCGUAUAGAGCUGCUGUGUAUUUGAAGUAGAAUGCAUCAUUUUCUUUUGAUUUAGUCUCUUUUACAGAUUAGUUCUACGAAGGACUUCAUUCGGAUCGGUCUCCUGCUAAUUGUUUGAGACAUUAAAGCCUUAUUUAGCUUUGAGUUAACAAUUUUCAAUUUUCAUCAGGCUACAAAACCUAAAAUAAAAUCCAAACCACCCUCAUGCAACUGUCGCUAAUAUCACACCACUUCAGACUCAUCUGUUUUUGUGCAUCCUGCUACUUUCAGGUGCUUGUCGUAACUCUGCAAAAGAAUAAAUGCUGCGUUAAAAAGGGAAAAGUUGACUUUUAGGACAUGCUUAUAGUGCUGAGGAAGUUUCCUUCCUAUUGCAAGCUUUGCAAAGAAACCUGAGAUCACUCAUGAAGUAGAGAUAACGUUAGGCUUUUCCACUCUUGACAUGAACACGGGGCCUUCUACAGUACAUGGAUUCAGGAAAUCUUGGCUUUUGUCUCAGUUGAUGAUUUGAUAUAAUUAGUUCAACUGGAACUAUUUAUUUGGAUAUUUGCCUUUUUUAAGUGUGAUUGCCUCUUUAAAUACACUAUGUACAGAUGAGAAGGGGUUCUGGUGAAUUAUUGAGAAUGUAAAGUGAUGAUUAAUGCUGAUUAGUUCAUAGUAAGGUGGUAUUCAUAACUGUAUGAAGGGCGCUAUGAAAGAUAAAUGCUGCAGUUUAAUCAGAAGUUGGUUUUUAAAAGCAUGAGAAGAGAAAGGGUUUGUUUGGUACUUUUGGGAAAUGUCACACUUGAGGUUAUAAAUGUUGAUGACCAAAAUGUUUAUUCUCAAAUAAAUUGGAAAAAAGAA